CUGCGUGCCCAACAAACAAGCCCCAGCUUGGCGGCGGCCGUGCCCACGGCGACGUGGAUCUUCGUGCCCGGGUCCCCCGCGACGCGCUCCGGGCGGAGAAGCACGGGUACUGAGGAUUAGAAAUUGAAUAAAUCACUCACCAAAUAUAGAGCCUAUAUUUCCUCUAGAAAAAGUUCCAGAUGAAUACCAGGUUUUCCUCAAGCAAGAUGGUACCCUUUCAUUUUCCCCCGUCAAAAUUGGCCCUUUGGAACCCAAUGCCAAUUGGAGAUUUCGUCUACUUGCAUGUUGGUUACUAUAGAAAGCCAAAGCUUGUGGUAACUGAAAAGGCCAUCCGACUUGCUUAUCGUCAUGCUAAGCAGAAUAAAAAAAAUGUGCCAUCCUUCUUACUUGGUUCUCUCACAGUGGAUGAAGAUGAAGAAGGUGUGACAUUGACAGUAGAUCGCUUUGAUCCUGGUCGAGAAGUACCUGAAUGCUUAGAAAGAACUCCUACGGCUUCUCUUCCUGGAGAUUUUUUGAUCCCCUGCAAAGUUCAUACUCAAGGACUUUGUUCAAGAGAUAUGAUAGUUCAUAAUGCAGAUGACUUCAGUUCAGGUUUAAAGGCUUUACAAUACCAUGUCUGUAGCAAAGAAUUCUUGGACUGUGGAAAGCUGCUUUCCGUACGAGCUCAAAUCACCCCCAGGGAGAGUUUGGACGGUGUGGAUUUUGACUUACAUUGGGCCGCAGUAACAAUAGCAAAUUCUUUCAAGUGUGUGCCUGUGAAGCCCAUCCCCAUUAUUCCUACAGCGCUAGCAAGAAACUUAAGUAGUAAUCUGAAUAUUUCUCAAGUUCAAGGAACUUAUAAACAUGGAUACAUUACCAUGGAUGAAACACGCAAAUUGUUACUUUUGUUGGAAUCUGAUCCCAAGGUUUAUUCUCUACCAUUAGUGGGAAUUUGGCUGUCUGGAAUUAUACAUAUCUAUAGCCCUCAGGUAUGGGCUUGCUGCUUGAGAUACAUGUUCAGUUCUUCCAUUCAGGAAAGGGUUUUUUCAGAAUCUGGAAAUUUCAUCGUGGUUCUUUAUUCAUUGACACAUAAGGAACCUGAAUUUUAUGAAUGCCUUCCCUGUGACAGUAGGACAUCUGACCUUCAUUUUCAGUUAUUGACCAACAAGGAAACUUUACAUGUUUUCAAUAAUGUUGAACCUACUGACAAAAAUACAAUCCAUUUUGAACUCAGUGCUGAGAGUCAAGAUGCAGAAAUGGAGGCAGAGUUUUUUAGCAAGAUUUCCAAGAAUCUUUCAGUUAAAAGGUCUUCCCAAAAAGUAUCUCCUGGGAAAAUACCAAUAAAUAAGCAUGAUGCUGACCUUGAAGAUGAAGAUUUUUCUCCAAGACCGAUUCCCAGCCCUCACCCAGUGAGUCAGAAGAUUUCUAAGAUCCAGCCAUCUGUUCCUGAACUUUCACUUGUGUUGGAUAGCAACUUCACAGAAUCAAGCAAUGACUCUAACCUGUUGGAAGUGAUGAAUAUGGAGAAUUUUUUAUUGAUGAGGCCAUCGCAGCAUGAGCUUUGUGAUGACAAACAUAGUUCAGAAGCUGACGCUGGGGAACCUUCCCUGAAGGGAAUACCAAAUCAGUUAAGCCAGGACACUGCUUUGAGACAGUGUAGAGGGAAGCAACCAUCUUGUAAGAAAGAGAGCCCCCAGCUCAGGAACACUAAUGCUCAACCAUCUUUCAGUGCGCCAUCUCCUGAUGUAUCCGAGAAACCUCAAGCAGUUUCUGCUGGCAGCAUGCAAAAUGAAGACUAUCCUGUGAGACCUUCCACAUUGAAUUCUAGGCAGCCCUCUUUUGCUUCACACGCCCACCCACACAAUUUUGUUUUUUCACCCCAUAAUUCAACAAGACCAAUGGAGCGUCAACUACCUACACCUUCGCUGCCAUCUUACUAUUCCACAAACAUCUGUAGCUGUUGUCAGCAUCAUGGCCAUAUUCAGUAUAGUACAAUCAAUUCUUGGCAGGGAAAUACAGUAGGGUCCAUUCAGGACCUCCACUCUGAAGCCCUUCCAAAACAUGCAUUAUUUCACUCAAGUGGAUGUCCGCCUCUGUGUCAUAAAGCCAUCUUCUCUUCCAGUAGCCCUGUGGCCACGAAACCUCAGGGAGGCAUGGGCAGUUUUUCUCCCCACAGCAAUGAAGACCCAUCCCCUGUGGCAGGACCUUCACAUAUGGACUCAUGUGUGCCACAGCCUUGUGCCAUGUGCAUGCACACACCCAGCACAGCUCCAGAUAAUGGCAUGAUGGGACUAUCUCCUGAUGCAUAUCGCUUUGUCACAGAGCAGGACAGACAGCUGAGGCUACUUCAGGCCCAGAUUCAGCGCUUAUUGGAAGCACAGUCUCUAGAUCCUGGCACCCCUAAGACGGUGGAAGGCACCAUGAAGGCCACAAAGCAAAUGGAGCUGGUUUCCAUGGGAGCACAGUCUUCUGGCUUGCACAUGAAAAAAAGUGUAAGCAUUGCUGUGAGCACAGGUGCUAGCUUGUUUUGGAACGCAGCAGGUAAUGAUCAAGAGCCGGACUCACAGCUGAAGCAAGAUGAUACCAAGAUUUCCAGCGAAGACAUGAACUUUUCUGUUGAUAUUAAUAAUGAAGCAACAAGUCCUCCAGAUAGCGCAUCCUCAUUGAAAGCAGUUGACAUUCCCAGUUUGGAAGAGAGCUGCCUUGCUGUGGAGGAGUCUAAUCCGCCAGAGUCUAACUCUCCAGAGCAGAGCAAAGAACCUGAUGUGCCUGUGUUCUUCCCAAAUGCUAUGCUGGCUGAGAGUGUGAGCAUGUGCUUACAGACUGCACCAACAGAGGAAGCCAGAAACAACACUGACUCACCAGGAGGGCCAAAAGUUGAACCUUCCUGGCCAACAGAUAACCAGAAAAUUUGCCAGGACUUGUUGGGUCAAGUGAACCACCUACUGAAUAACUCCUUCCAAGAAACUAAUCAACCAGCUACCAAAGCCAUAGUUAUCAACCAUGAAUGCACCAAAACCCAGACUACUCACCAUGCAAGGAAAAAUAAACACAAUUCAGAACUGGUAGACAAAGAUUGUGUGCUCAGUGCAACUAUUAAACAGCUAAGGAGCCUCGGAGUGAAAAUUGAUUCUCCCACUAAAGUGAAGAAAAAUGCCCAGAAAGUGGAUCAUGCCAGUGUUUUGGCAUGCAUCAGCCCGGAAGCAGUGAUCUCUGGAUUAAACUACAUGUCGUUUACUAAUGUCGGCAUGAGCAGCUUAAGUCCCACUGGUGUAGAUUUGAGCAUGGAGGCAAAUGCCAUAGCUCUAAAAUACUUAAAUGAAAAUCAGCUGUCACAACUGUCUCUUGCUCGAUCAAACCAAAAUAACUGUGACUCAUCUUUUGGCCUUCUACAUAUUAAUUCAGACAAAAGCACGGUGGGGCUUAGCUUAGUUUCGCCAAGCAACAUGUCAUUUGCAACCAAAAAAUACAUGAAGAGAUAUGGACUCUUGCAAAGCAGUGACAACAGUGAGGAUGAAGAGGAGCCUCCCAUCCAAACAGGUAGUGAGAGUGACCAUGUGUUGGACAGAAACCCAGCAUGCAGACCUGUACAAUUUGGUCAUCAGAAAGAGCAUCGGAAUGCCAGUGAAGUAGCUCAGUGUUCUAACUAUGGCUCUGAGGACAAGCACAUAGACGUGCCAGUGCUGAGAAGUAUCACAAACGAAGCUGUGCAGUCAAGAGCAAAAGAGCACUUGAAUGAAGAUGCUGCUACUUCAUUAAGGAAUCUUAAACCAAACCCUGCAGUGAACCUCCGGACUGGAAAAGCAGAGUUUACACGACAUCCUGAGAAGGAGAAUGAAAGAGACAUUGCAGUUUUUCCAGGGACCUUGCAGCCUCGUGAGGCUUUAAAGCAAAUGAACAGCCUGAAUUCCGUGGGCACCUUCUUAGAUGUAAAGCGCCUCAGACAGUUACCAAAAUUAUUUUAACUCUUUACUCCUCCUUUGUGGUGUGAGGACCAGGUGUGUGCUGAGGGCACUUAAGGAAGCCAGACCUUUGGGAAUUUUGUUUGUUUGUUUUUCCGAGAUUGGGUUUCUCUGUGUAUCCCUGGCUGGAAUUCACUCCAUAGACCAGGGUGGCCUCGAACUCGAAGAGAUCCACCUGCCUCUGCCUUCCAAGUACUAGGCAGGAUUAAAGGUGUGCACCAUCACUGCUUGGCCAUGACCUUUGGGAUUUCUAAUAGUUGUAAGAGUCUUGUUUCCUGUAUAGUAACAGUCAGCAGGUGACCCAGUUGUGAGAUGGCUGGUUAGUGGGAAGGCUGGGUUUAUUCAGCAUCACUGAACCUAAAGCAGAAGCAAAACAAUCCUAGGAUCAGGUACUGCAGCCAAUCAAGUUCAUGUGUAUCCCCCAAACCCAGGAUGUUGCUUGUGCGAAUGGGCUCUGUUACUGAGUCCAGCGUCUGAGCUGCAUCCUCAACAGUAAGGUUUUGGGACAGGGUCUCAGUAUGUAGCCUAGGCUGGCUUCAGACUUAGAGUCCUUCUGCCUUCCGCAUCUGGCUUAGGUAUGCACUUUACCCAGUGUCUGCUACAUAAUCAUAGUAAGUUUCUGAACCAAGCAAUUACAUUAGACACAAUACUGAAUAAACUGGAGAAUUUUUCAUUGCCUUGGUUGUUAUUUGGUGAGAAGAGGCAGUGCUGGAGUUGGAACCCAGGACCACACACCUGAACUUUAUACCAUAGUCCAUGAGGUGUUAAUGUAUACGUUGAUUUGCAUUUUCGUGUAUAGAUGCAUGAAAUUAUAUCACAUAGCUUCCACUAACCUAAGACACGUCCUCCCUCUAAACCUACCCUGAUGGUCUUUUUACCAUCACCAAAAUGUUUUUAUCAUUUUAAAAAUGUUUCAUGAACAGAAAUGUACUUUUAAAAAAUUUAGCAUUAUAUCUUUUUCAAUUUACUGUCUUCGAAUAAUGUCCUGAGAUCUACCCAUA